CUAUAUUUAGCACUUAUAACAACAGUUCAGUUCUGACGGUUGUUACGAGAACACUCGAAGUUAGUGCCGAUAAAGAUAGGCUAGACAUGUAUAAAUUGGCAUACAUUAUCGCGAGUCUUAUCACCCUUGACGCACGGAUCAUACCAAACAAAUACAAUGAAGAAAGACAAGCAUUAUUGGAUGAAGAAACUCUGACAGCUGUUGGUGGAAAAGUGCAUUUAAACGCAAAUGAAACGAUAGCCAACGAUAUUCUGAUGAGAUGGAAGAUGAAAGAACUCAACGCUUCUCACAAUAGUCCACAGUAUUUCAACUACUCCAAACACUAUUUUUCUUACAAAAAAGAUUUGGAAUACUCCAAGGUGUAUCAAAUUAUUCAGAGGAUGCCAAAAGGUGCAGCUUUACACUUGCAUAACACUCUACUGUUGCACGCAGAUGUUUUGGUGCAGUUUACUUAUGAAGAUCACUUGUACGCUUGUCAAGAAGACGGCACUAUGCUCUUUCAUUUCUCGGAGACAACCCCCAAUAUGCCUUGCCUAACUGAAUGGUCUCUAGUAAGUCAUCUCAGAAAUUCCUCCGGGAACACAACAGCUUUUGAUGCACAAUUGAGAAACUAUUUCACAAUGUAUAAAGAAAAUGGAGAAGAUUAUAAAUCUGUUGAUAUAAAUACAGUUUGGAAGAGAUUCCGAAAAGUCGGCAGAGCAAUUGGAUCAUUAAUUGCUUAUAGGCCGGUACGAGAAAAAUACUGGUACGAAACACUGAGGCAGUUCUACAAUGAUAACGUUAUGUACAUAGAAAUACGUUCAGGAAUAUAUAGCUUGUACGAAUUGAAUGGCACUCUGCACGAUAAGAAAUAUUUAAUGGACCUUGUCAAGAAUGUUACUAAUGAGUUCAUUGUGGACCAUCCAGAUUUUAUCGGCGUGAAAGUUAUUAUUUCACAGAGUCGGGCUAGAAGUGUCGAUCAAGUUGUAGAAGUUUUAAAUAUAACAAGGAGAUUUAAAGCCGAAAUGCCAGAUUUCAUUGCAGGCUUUGAUCUUGUUGGACAAGAAGAUGCAGGCAAGCCAUUGAAAGAAUUUCUUCCUGUAUUAUCUGAAGCUAAAGACGAGAUAAACUUCUAUCUACAUGCUGGAGAGACUGGUUGGCUAGGAACCUCUGCUGACGAAAACUUAGUUGAUGCGAUUCUCUUAGGAUCAAAGAGGAUUGGUCAUGGCUAUGCAUUGACAAAGCACCCGAGUCUGAUGACGGCUGUGAAAAAAAAAGACAUAGCUUUGGAAGUGAAUGUGAUAUCAAAUGCGGUGUUAGCUUUAGUGCAAGAUGUGAGAAAUCAUCCCUUAGCUUCAUACCUAGCUUUGGGUCUACCUGUAGUUUUAUCCAGUGACGAUCCAGGAGCCUGGAGUGCAAAACCUUUAACUGAUGACUUCUUUGUAGCAUUCAUGAGAAUUGCAAGUCGGCAUGCAGAUUUGAGAUUGUUGAAACAAUUGGCUCUUAAUUCAAUAACGUAUAGUUCAUUAGAAUGUGAAAGAAAAGAUAGACUUUUAAGUGUUUUUAAUGCCCGUUGGGACAAGUUUGUGAUUGAUGUGAUUUCAGAUCCAUCUUUAAAUGAUAAAAAGAGUAGGUAGUAGAGUUUAAUUUGUUGAUUAUGAUAUUUUAGUUUUCCAUAAGUACCGUGUAUCCGUGUUUUUGAACAUAUAAGCUUUAUUAUUGUUGUUAGCUUUCUAAGACCUUCACAAAUGUUAAGUAAAUUGUUACAUUACACGUUUUUGAAUGAUAUUUAAUUAUAUUAUUUUUGUUUAAUUUUGAACAUUAAUCUACA